AUGGCAUCCGGGGACCAUACAUACCAUCCGCAAGAUGCCGUCAAGGCUGGUAUCCAGGGCGCCCUGGUCACGGGUGCGGCCGGUACCCUCGUUUCCGCAGUUCAGAAUACCUUGGCCAAGAGGAAUGUGAGCGCUUGGGGGGUCUUCACAAGGACUGGAGGCACAAUCGCUAUCUUCGCCGCAAUGGGUGGUACAUACGAGUUCACAAGGCUUGCGUCGGCGAAUCUACGAGAGAAAGAGGAUAGCUGGAAUACUGCACUCGGAGGAUUCUUGGCCGGAUCUUUGAUAGGCUUGAAGCAUGGCAAGCCUCCCGCUGUCAUCGGAUUCGGCGCUUUAAGUGCAAUCGUGCUGGGUGUAUACGAUUAUACUGGGGGAUCUUUGACGGGAUUCAAGAAGGAUCGAGAUGUGGACGAGUUUGAGCGAAAAGAAUACUUGAGAAAGAACCGAAGAAGGCCGAUAGAGGAGACCAUCUCGGAAUUGGGAGAGGGCCGAGGAAUUUAUGCUCCAGGUUACGCAGAGCGAAGAAGAGAAAGGCUCAAGGAGAAGUAUGGUAUCGAUGUACCAGCAAACGCAUAA